GCAAGCAGCGCAGACAGCCCAUCAGGCAGCAUGGCAAGGGACACCAGUAUCCCCCAGCACCCCGUGUCCUGGCCCCCCCGCACCCCACGGCACCGCUGAGCACAGCAUCCGCAUCCAUCCCCAUGGACACAGGCUCUGGGAGCACGGGGAGCCCCCCGGGGGGGUACUCGAUCCAAGCCACCGCCGCCAUCGCCGCCGCCAUCACCUUCCUGGUGCUCUUCACCAUCGCAGGCAACGCACUGGUGAUCAUGGCCGUGCUGAGCAGCCGCUCGCUGCAGGCACCCCAAAACCUCUUCUUGGUGUCCCUGGCGGCCGCCGACAUCCUGGUGGCCACCCUCAUCAUCCCCUUCUCCUUGGCCAACGAGCUCUUGGGCUACUGGUACUUCCAGAGGACGUGGUGCGAGAUCUACCUUGCCCUGGACGUCCUCUUCUGCACCUCAUCCAUCGUUCACCUCUGCGCCAUCAGCCUGGACCGCUACUGGGCCGUGAGCCGGGCCGUGGAGUACAGCGCCAAGCGCACGCCGCGGCGCAUCAAAUGCGCCAUCCUCACCGUGUGGAGCAUCGCCGCCGCCAUCUCCCUGCCGCCGCUCGUCUACAAGGGCGAGAAGAAGGCGGCGGUGGUGGUGGUGGGCGAGCGGCCGCAGUGCAAGCUCAAUGAGGAGGCUUGGUACAUCCUCUCCUCCAGCAUCGCCUCCUUCUUCGCCCCGUGCCUCAUCAUGAUCCUCGUCUACCUGCGCAUCUACCUGAUCGCCCGGCGCCGUCACCGCGCCCGCGUCACCAAACCGCCGCCGGUGCCACCAAGCAUCCCCGCGGCGCCCACCGCGGUACCACCACCACCACCGGUGGACAGGACCUCACUGCUGAGCCUUAAGGAGCCACCCGCAUCCCCCAGUGGUGGGGCUGGGACAUCCCCACCGCCCAUUGGACCACGCAGGGACACGGUGGCCACCGGGACGGGGCGGGUGAUGCUGGUGCCGCGCGCACCGGUGUUGACCCCAUGGAGGAGGAAGGCUCAAGUGAACCGGGAGAAGCGUUUCACCUUCAUCCUGGCCGUGGUCAUCGGCGUCUUCGUGCUCUGUUGGUUCCCCUUCUUCUUCCUCUACAGCCUGGGCGCGCUCUGCCCCCGGCGCUGCAAGGUCCCCGAUGGCAUCUUCCGGUUCUUCUUCUGGAUCGGGUACUGCAACAGCUCCCUCAACCCCGUCAUCUACACCGCGUUCAACCAGGACUUCCGCAAGGCCUUCCGGCGCCUGCUGUGCCGCUGCCGCGCCACGACGCCAUGGUGAGGGGCU